UACGCCUUCUCGACAAGCGAUCUGCUGCAAGUUCAAAAGUACAUUCCGGGGAGCGAGACGAAAAAAAAAGAUGGUGCAUGCGGUGAUUUUAAUUAGCUGCUGGAGUCAUUGGAGACCUCGGAACAAGUAUGUUUUCGCUAACGAACCUGUAGCGUCCGUCGAUGGCCGUCGCCUCUUAUCGUCCCGACACCACCAAAAUUUGCACUCACUGGCUGGGGAGUUGCGUGAUCGGGAAAUGGAUCUUAAAACUCAAAUAUUCGCUCUUGUGGACAACAACAAAGAGAUGAGCAAAGCCGAGACCGAGGCGGGAGAAGAGGGCCCCACCGUAACUGAAGCGGACAUUCAGCACAUUGUCUCAUCAUGGACUGGCAUACCGGUCGAAAAAGUCUCAACAGACAAAUCGGACCGUCUUCUCAAAAUGGAAGAAACACUCCACAUACGUAUCAUCAGUCAAGACGAAGCAGUUAAAGCCAUUAGCCGUGCCAUCCGCCGUGCUCGUGUAGGACUCAAAAACCCAGACCGCCCCAUCGCCAAUUUCAUGUUUUCGGCACCCACUGGUGUUUGUUGCUGUCGAGAUUCCAUUUACUCCCCGUGCCAAACGUGUACUGGAACUCUCGCUAGAGGAGGCCCGACAACUUGGUCACAAUUAUAUUGGAUCCGAGCAUUUGCUUCUUGGUUUGCUUACAGAGGGUUAAGGUGUAGCGGCCCGUGUUCUUGAAAAUUUGGGUGCAGACCCAAAUAACAUUCGCACACAGGUAGAAGCUGCAAAGGGAUUCUUGAGAGUAUUAAGAUCUUAUUUGGAUUCACUUUGCUCUAACCUACGUUCUCACACAAUUACAAAUGUUCAGUCAAAUGAUGAUAAGUAAAAAAACCAAGAAGGCGUACCCGUUCUUCUCAUACAGGUCAUUCACGUGGUACCGCAAAAUGGGUGGAUCCAGACAAGGCAAGCUCAUCGAGAUAGUCCUACACCAAUACUUCUAUCAGUAUUUCUCGACAUAAUUCAACCAAGAUACGAUCAAAAUCGGCUGCAAUGGAUAGGGCCAGAGUAUUUCCCGACAUAAGUCAACCAAGAUACGAUCAAAAUCGGCUGCAAUGGAUAGGGCCAGAGGUAGUUAGUGAAGAUUACGAGUCCUUAUUCGCUUCUUAACGGAAGAGCUGGAAGUCCGGCUAAGCAAGUCCGGCUGGAAGAGCUGACAUGUAUGAUAUGCUCUACUUCUUAUGAUAUAGUUAUUGUAACAUUGGCUUACUAAAGAUUUAGCACACUAAGAAUGAUUUAAUGUGCUUAAAAAGGCUUCCAAAUUCAUAUGCCAUGGGCUCGUACAUAUAAGAAACUCUCUCUUUUUUAGCAAUUCCUCAUGAAAAACAACCGCCGCCUCUGGUUGAAGUUUAACAUUGGUGUUCAUAAUGAUUUUUUUGCUAUUCAAGGGUUUAUUGAUCAAUAGCUUUUUGGAUGUAUUUUUGCUAAGAUGUUAUGGACAUAGUAGGCUAUUACCAAUGUUGUAUAUGGUAUUGCACUUAUGAUUUAAA